AUGCCUCCCAUCUAUCGAGGGACCGACGCAAGGAGGAUUCAGCAUCGCGCGCAGAAGGCAGCACAGCGAAGACAAAGGCGCGAACUCGCCAAGACGCGCAGAUACAAAACGCUCAUCCCAACCCCCGCCCUUUCAGUUCCAGGACGCCUGACACCUGAUCCCCGCGGCCGCGCAGCCUCUUGUCCCCAUAGUCCUCUGGCUCCCUCGGGGCCGCACAUCCUCACCCGAAGCCUUGGAGACCGGAGAAAGGCCGACCGAUGCGUUGGGAUUGCUCUGCACCCUGGACGAGCCCUGUUUUUCCUAAAUGCAGACCCCGCCCCCGCCCACCCAGCACACCGAACAGCCCGGGUGGGAGGGGCGGAGCUCGCCGGCAGAGGAAGGAGCGGCACUAAGCAAAGCGCGGUAUCACUCCGCUUCCGUGAGGCCGGAUCCCCUGAAACUCCUCCUCCGCGGCGCCCGCUGUCGGUUUUGGUUCAGUGGACGUGGCGAGACAAAGUCUGCGGAGGGAAAGGAAAGGGCAGAGGAGGGGCUGGGGCUGGCCUGAAAGUUGGAAUCAGUGGCCCUGCCAACACUAGAGCCAAGGCUAAUAUCCAAGCCAAGGCAGUGACUGAGGCAGAACUGAAGACAGGACCAGUGAUCCAGACCAAGACGGAUGGAGCAGUGGCCAGGACACAGACAGUGACCUACACUGAGGCCAUGGCUAUGACCAGGGAAGUGAGCAAGAUGGAAGCUAAAACUAAGACUAGAGUCGUGGCUGAGACUAAGUCAAAACCCCUGGUAGAACCUAGUGUAGUGUCCCAAACCAAGUCAAAGACCAUGCCUGUGUCCAAGAUCAGUGCUGUGAUCGAGUAUGAAGUCAAGGCUGGUGCUGCAAGUGAACCCAAUAUUAGAUCCUUUGCCAGGGCUGAUGAUAAAGACAAUACUCAGUCCAGGUCCCAGAGAAGGAGAGAGGCCAGCAUGAAGUUCAGGGCUGGGGAUGGAGCUGGUAUUGUAAUCGAGUCCAGUGAUGAUGAAGAAAAUGCCUGCUCUUGGUUUUGGACCGGAGAAGAGCCUAGUGUAGGAUCCUGGUUCUGGCCUGAAGAAGAGACCCCUUUUCAAGUUUAUGAGCCUCCACCUAAGAUCCCAGAAAAGCCCAAGCCCACACCCAAACCCAAACCCGAACUUACUAUAAAGCAAAAAGCUGCAGCAUGGUCAAGGGCCAGGUAUUGUGUCCUAGUUCCAAUAGAGGGAGGGGAGGGCUCCUUGCCUCCAGAAGGAAAUUGGACUCUGGUUGAGACCUUGAUUGAAACUCCUCUGGGGAUUCGGCCUCUGACCAAGAUCCCACCCUAUAAUGGGCCUUAUUUCCAGACUUUAGCUGAGAUCAAAAAACAGGUUAAGUACAGGGAAAAGUAUGGCCCCAAUCCAAAAACCUGCCGCUGCAAAUCACGUGUUUUUAGUUUAGAACCUAAGGAGUUUGAUAAACUUGUUGCCCUACUUAAGUUAACUAGGGAUCCUUUCAUUCAUCAAAUUGCUACAAUGAUAAUGGGCAUCAGUCCUGCUUAUCCAUUUACCCAAGAUAUAAUUCAUGAUGUAGGUAUUACUGUUAUGAUUGAAAACUUGGUCAAUAAUCCCAAUGUUAUAGAACACCCUAGAGCUUUAAAUAAGGUGGAUGACAACUCCGGGUCUUCUGGACAACCAAAAACAGGAGAGUUGUAUGUAAAUCAGGUUUGUAAGGAAAUAAUCUCUUCUCCCUUGAACUCCCCUGUGCAACUGGCUGGACUGAAAUUAUUAGUGCAGCUGAGUGUAAAGUUUGAGGAUCACCAUAUGAUUAUCAAUUAUAUUCCAGAUUUCCUCACCUUGUUAAACAAGGGAAGUGUCAAAACCAAGUUUUAUGUUUUGAAAGUGUUUUCUCGCUUGUCUAAAAAUCAAGCCAAUACAAGAGAACUGAUCAGUGCCAAAGUACUGUCAUCACUGGUGGCACCUUUUAACAAAAAUGAGUCAAAGGCCAAUAUCCUUAAUAUCAUUGAAAUAUUUGAGAAUAUAAACUUCCAAUUCAAAAAGAAGGUAAAGCUAUUUACCAAGGAAGAGUUCACUAAAUCUGAACUUAUUUCCAUAUUCCAGGAAGCAAAAGAGUUUGGUCAGAAACUACAAGACUUAGCAGAGCACAGUGAUCCUGAGGUGAGAGAUAAAGUUAUACGAUUAAUACUCAAACUCUGAAUAGCCGUAUGUUCUCACAAAGCCUUGAACAAUUUUUUGGUGUUGUAAUAUGAAACCAGUACAUAUUAUAAAUUCAGUAUUUAUGCUAUUUGUGUUGACUGAAGGAGCCAAUUUUAUGGAUACCAAAUGAUCUUGAGAGCUUGAAGAUUUGUUGAUUUUUAUUGUGCUAUGUAAAUUGAGAUACUUUUAGUAUUUCUGCAACAUGACCUGAUAAUUAACCUAUUCAUCCGAAUAAGCUAUACAUUCUGUGCUUUAUGUUGACAUAAGUGUAUUCGAGACUUUAUUUACAUGUUAAUAAAGUUGCAUGCUGAAACUGGUGAAAA